CGAGACUCGGGGCUCUCGCGGGACUCGGCGGGCGCGGGGGCGGCCCCGGCCCCUCAGCCCGGCCCGCGCUCCCUCACGCUGGAGCCGCUGGUGUAAGGGCUCCGAAAACAGCGUGUCCUGACACGGCCUCAGCCCGGCCGGAGCCGCUGCACAAAGGGCUCCCGGAACAACAGAGCCUGUCCUGACACGGCCUCAGCCCGGCCGGAGCCGCUGCACAAAGGGCUCCCGAAACAACAGAGCCUGUCCUGACACGGCCUCAGCCCGGCCGGAGCCGCUGCAGAAGGGGCUCCCGGAACAACAGAGCCUGUCCUGACACGGCCUCAGCCCGGCCGGAGCCGCUGCACAAAGGGCUCCCGAAACAACAGAGCCUGUCCUCACACCGCCUCAGCCCGGCCCCGCUCCGGCCGGCGGCCCCGGGAUUAGGAUCCCUUGAACAGCCGGAAAAGGGGAAUCCUCCUCCAGACCGCCUUUGGAAGUGGGUGAGCUGAGGGGAAAUAAGGCUUCUUUGUGGCGAUGCUAGAUCCUUUAGAGAACAACUUGUUUGAUCUUCCUGACUAUGAGAACACAGAAGACGAAACAUUUCCCCCUCUUCCACCGCCUGCCUCUCCGGGAAGAGACGAUGCAGAGUGGGCUCAGGCUAACGGAGAUCCAGAUGGGAACCAGCAGUCCCAAACAAAGGAUUCUGCUGUGACCACACAGAGAGCAGUGAAAAGGCCAAGGCCCAGAUUAGAUGCCCAGAGGUUAAUUUCAGAAAGGGGACUCCCAGCUCUGAGACACAUGUUUGACAACGUGAAGUUCAAGGGUAAAGGGCACGAGGCAGAGGACCUGAAGACACUGAUACAGCACAUGGAGCACUGGGCUCACAGGCUCUUCCCAAAACUGCAGUUCGAGGAUUUCAUUGACAGAGUGGAGGCUCUGGGAAGCAAAAAGGAAGUUCAGACCUGCCUCAAGCGGAUUAGACUCGAUCUUCCUAUUUUACAUGAAGACUUCAAAAAUAAUGAAGCAGACGGCGAAGGGGAGGGCAGCGGGCGGGAUCCCGCGGCGGGGGAUCCACACUCCCCCUGCGGUGAGGCGGGGCCGCGCUCCCCGCCCGGGCCGGCGCUGACCGAGGAGCAGCAGCAGCGCAUGGAGAGGAACCGGCGGCUGGCGCUGGAGCGGCGGCGGGCGCGGCUGCACGGCCCCGGCCAGCCCCAGCACCACGAGCUCCCCAGUAGUUACUCAGAAGAGGAGUGUGACAGCCCCGUUGCUCAGGAGCCCACUGACCUCACUGAGGACACGCAGGUUCCUGCAGCCAGGGAUGCUCCCAAAGAAGAGGGAGAUGAAUUGGAAUGUGCCAGGGAAGAGCAGUAACUUCCCCACACCGUGAAUGCCUUUCUUGAGCAAAAGCCCCCCUGCUCCAAGUACUGUCAUUACUCUGAAAUGUGCACUCUGGGCACUCCAGAAGCUUCAGGGAUUCUUUCCUGUGGCAUCACUGAAGGACAGGACUCCUCCCUGGGAGCUGCUACACCAGGACACAGAACAAAGCUCUUCAGCUGCACUGGAGCCAUCUUUUCCACCUCCCAAAACGUUUUUUAGGAAAUGCUUAUGAGUUUUUGGACCUACUUUGAAUAUAGUUUAUAAUUUAUGUUAAACAAUUUACUGGGAUGUUGAUGGGUUUAGUUGUUAUUAAAGGUGUGGUGUUUGGGG